GCUAUGGAUUAUAAAUUGAAUACUAAAAUUAUAAUAAGGUUAAUGAUUCACAAGUUUUAAUUCUACUUUUUAAAUAACUUAAUUUAUUUCAAAUAACAAUGUCAGGCGCUUCUGGAAAAGGAACAUUUCAACCAGAUUCAGAUGUUCAUAUUUCUUAUGAAGAUCAACAGAAAAUUAAUAAAUUUGCCAGACAUAAUGCAAGAUUAGAAGAUUUCAAAGAUGAAUUGAAUAUUAAAAUCAACGAGUUAAAAAAUUUAGAUGAAGCCUGUGAAGAACUAAUUUUAAUGUCUGAUGAUGCAAAUGUACCAUUUUUGGUUGGAGAAGUAUUUAUCUGCAGGAAUUUAGAAGAAACACAAAAACAAUUAGAAGAAGCCAAGGCUAAAAAAGAAAAAGAAAUAGCAGAUCUAACUAAAAAAUGUGAUCAUUUCAAAAGCGAAAUGAACGAACUAAAAGGUCAUCUGUAUAGCAGAUUCGGUAGCCACAUAAAUCUGGAGAAUGAAGAAUAAUUAUAUCAACAAAUAUUACAAAAACUUGUAUGCAGUUUUUCUGUUUAUAAUAAUUUAAUCCAAAAAUAAAAAGGUAUAUCACAA